GUAAGGCCUUACAGAAGCCCAAAUAUAUUGGGCUUUAAGUGUAAAAUUUUAAUGUCUGGCCCGGACCGUAAUUAGGUCUGGUGGCAAAGUUGUUAAUAACACAAAAGAGAUCUUAGUUAAUAAUAAACCCUAGUGUUCUCGUUCUCGGCCAUUGCUACCAAACUUCAACUUCGAAUUCAUUCAGCCGCCGUUCAAAUUGCUUCGCCGCCACCGAAGCAAAGAGUAGAGAGAUAAUGGCUGAAGAAGAAGCUAAGGGUUUGGAUUACAUACCGGAGAUUGUACUGAAGAAGAGGAAGAACAGAGAUGAGCUUGCCUUUAUCAGGAAGAAGCAACUUGAGUUGGGAAAUUUCGGCAAGAAGAAGAAGAAAGUCUCUGACAUCAAACGUCCUGAAGAUUUUGUGCUUGAGUUCAGGGCUAAGGAAAUAGAUAUGAUCCGGAUGAAGCAAAGAGUAAAGAGGCCAAAGUCAUCUCCUCCACCAGUUAAAUCAGACCUGGUUUUCAUCAUACGCAUACAAGGCAAGAAUGAUAUGCACCCCAAGACCAAGAGGAUUCUUAACAAUUUGCAACUUAGGAGCGUCUUUACUGGUGUAUUUGCCAAAGCAACUGACAGUUUGUUCCAAAAGCUUCUCAAAGUGCAGCCUUAUGUCACUUAUGGAUACCCGAAUGAUAAGAGCGUUAAGGACCUCAUAUACAAAAAGGGAUACACAAUCAUAGAGGGAAAUCCUGUUCCUCUUACUGACAACAACAUAAUCGAACAGGCUCUAGGAGAACACAAAAUCUUUGGCAUAGAAGACCUUGUGAAUGAGAUAGCAAGAGUUGGCGAUCAUUUCAGAGAAGUUAUGAAAUUCUUGGGACCCUUGAAACUCAACAAGCCUGUGGCUGAUGUUUUGCACGGGAAGAAACAAGUUUUCAGCGAAGGAGGAGAUACUGGAAACCGCGAAGAUAAGAUCAAUGAUCUCAUCAGCAAAAUGAAUUAGAAGCAGCAAUCCUUGUAAUCGCUAGCUACUUACUAUAUUUCCUUUAAAAGAUCUGUAUGAGGCUAAAAAAACAGAAACGCUAUUGCAAUUUUGAUAAAAGGGACAUUCGCAGUUUUAUA